AUGAUAGCACAAAAAGUGACCGUUUUGUGUCUCACAUUCCUUGUUGUCGUGGAGGCGAAGGUUAUAGCUGGAGGGUUGGUUUUGGAAGGUUAUGCAAAGCAGGUCGAUGGCUUGGACCAGGUAUUGACGAAAUACCACAUCGGCAAGUGCCCAAUAAAUGAUUCAAGUCAGGAGUUGCAGCAACUCGUGAAAAAGUUGAAGGAGUUUGUGACCAAUGGUCUGCGAAAUUUAAAUACGUACCUGCCAAAGCUCGCCAGAAAGCAGUGGAAAGCACAUAUGCGGUUCGUCAUUGAUACUCUGAAGAAAAUAGACAAGUGGUUGGCAGGUGUUCCCGAAACACCUUGUUUAGCUGAAAACGUUUUAGAAAGUUUGACGGUGCAAGUUCUUGACCUUAUUGGUGGACUACAAACGUCAUCCGAUAUACUGAACUUCAUCAUUUCGAGUCUGAAGAAUUCCGAAGACUAUCGGACCCUACUCUUUGGAGCUUACAGAACAUAUCUCUAUGGAGUGAAUUGGGAGCUAAAAGAUCUUGAAAGCCGAGAAUCCAUUGUUUGUUCCAUGCGGGACGAUAACGCGGCUCCAGUUUACGCCAAAAUUUUGAAUGCAACCGUGGAGCAUUUGGAAGAGCAUCAUCCAACCAUUAUUAUCCAGGAGGAAAGCGUGCUCGACUUUAUGCCCAAAGGCAGGGCAUUUUCUGAACCGCUGAUCGCCGAUGCAGUUUCAUUUGCAAAAGCCGCCUUGUCAUCAGCACGGACUUUAAAAGACAAGUGCACAGAUUCAGAACUCAAAGAGUCGCAUUUUGCUAAACUGAUCGAUUUGAAUGCCAAAUUGUGGACGUAUGGCAAACUUAUGUUCCGUCUACAUGGGGACAAUUUAUUGAAGGCACGAGACAUGAAACAUCCGUUUGCACCCGCGAUCUUGAGCUUGGAAAAUGCGUGGGCUAACGUGAACCGCAUGACAAAGGUGGUUAUGAGCCGCUGUACCUUGGAAACCUCCAUCGGAGACUUGGAGGAUGGCUGUUAAUAAUUCAACCUAUGAAGGUUCUUCUCCCUGCAAAACAUUUUCUUCGCUAAAUGUUUUGGAAUCACAACAAAUACAAUUAGAA